UUGCGGGCAGUCCAACGCGGCUAAUUGGAGGCACAACAUCGUGCAGCACAAAGGGAUACGUCCGAGGCCCCUCAUAAAUAAAAAGGAUUAAGCCAGGAUAGUUCGUUUUGUGUUAACUGAAAAUGUGAAGUGUUUGGCAACUCUGCUUGUUUUGAUUGAAUUCGAUAUUGUGUUAACAAAGGCCGCGCCAUGACGGAAACAGAUGCCGAAAAGGCGGCUGGCUCCCGCCUGGAUUACGAUCUGAUGAUGGCCGAGGAGUAUAUACUCAGCGAUGUGGAAAAGAACUUCAUUCUGGCCUGCGAGCGUGGUGAUUUACCAGGUGUCAAAAAAAUUCUUGAGGAAUAUGCCCAAACACCAUCCGAUAAGUUUAACAUCAACUGCACGGACCCCAUGAAUCGCUCCGCACUGAUUUCAGCCAUUGAGAAUGAGAAUUUUGAUCUAAUGGUAAUAUUGCUUGAGAAUAAUAUUGAGGUGGGCGAUGCUCUUUUGCAUGCCAUAUCCGAGGAGUAUGUGGAGGCUGUCGAAGAGCUCCUGCAGUGGGAGGAGAGCAAUCACAAGGAGGGACAACCCUAUAGCUGGGAAUCGGUGGAUCGCUCCAAAUCUACAUUCACUACGGACAUAACGCCGCUGAUUCUGGCUGCACAUCGCAACAAUUACGAGAUACUCAAGAUCCUGUUGGAUCGCGGUGCAACGCUGCCUAUGCCUCACGAUGUCAAGUGCGGCUGUGAUGAGUGCGUGACCUCGCAGACCUCCGACUCCCUGCGUCACUCACAGUCGCGUAUAAAUGCUUAUCGUGCCCUCUCGGCUAGCUCGCUGAUAGCUUUGAGCUCACGUGAUCCUGUGCUCACCGCGUUUCAAUUGUCCUGGGAACUGAAGCGGUUGCAAGCCAUGGAAUCGGAGUUUCGUGCGGAAUAUACGGAAAUGCGUCAAGCGGUGCAGGACUUUGUGACGGCACUUCUGGACCACGCACGCACUUCCAUGGAGCUGGAGGUGAUGCUUAAUUUUAAUCACGAACCAUCGCAAGCAAUUUGGGGUCCUGGCCAGCGGCAGACUCUGGAUCGCCUGAAACUGGCGAUACGGUACAAGCAAAAGACGUUUGUGGCACAUCCUAAUGUCCAACAAUUGCUAGCAGCCAUUUGGUAUGAGGGCUUACCUGGUUUUCGACGUAAACAAGCCUCCCAGCAGCUCAUGGAAGUAAUCAAGCUGGGCUGUAGUUUUCCUAUCUAUAGCUUGAAGUAUAUCCUGGCGCCGGACUCGGAGGGUGCCAAAUUCAUGCGCAAGCCGUUCGUUAAGUUCAUCACACACUCCUGCUCCUACAUGUUUUUCUUGAUGCUUUUGGGCGCUGCUUCGUUGCGCGUGGUGCAAAUUACUUUCGAGCUGUUGGCUUUUCCCUGGAUGUUGACCAUGUUGGAGGAUUGGCGGAAACACGAACGCGGCUCGCUGCCUGGACCUAUUGAACUGGCUAUUAUCAUGUAUAUAGCGGCGCUUAUUCUCGAGGAGCUCAAGAGUCUUUAUUCCGAUGGCUUAUUUGAGUAUAUCAUGGAUCUGUGGAACAUUGUGGAUUAUAUAUCGAAUAUGUUUUAUGUCACUUGGAUACUUUGUAGAGCUACCGCUUGGAUCAUAGUGCAUCGCGAUUUGUGGUUCAGAGGCAUUGAUCCCUACUUUCCGCGUGAGCAUUGGCAUCCCUUUGAUCCCAUGUUGCUAUCCGAGGGUGCCUUUGCUGCGGGCAUGGUCUUCUCCUAUUUGAAGCUGGUGCAUAUAUUCUCGAUUAAUCCGCAUUUGGGACCGCUGCAAGUGUCACUGGGCCGCAUGAUUAUCGAUAUUAUAAAAUUUUUCUUUAUCUAUACCUUGGUUUUGUUUGCCUUUGGCUGUGGCUUAAACCAGCUGCUCUGGUACUAUGCGGAACUGGAGAAGAACAAGUGUUAUCACUUGCAUCCUGAUGUGGCGGACUUUGAUGACCAGGAAAAGGCCUGCACCAUCUGGCGGCGAUUCUCCAAUUUGUUUGAGACCUCGCAGUCGUUAUUCUGGGCGUCCUUUGGUCUUGUGGAUCUCGUUUCCUUUGAUUUGGCUGGCAUCAAGAGUUUCACACGCUUCUGGGCGCUGCUGAUGUUCGGCUCAUACUCGGUUAUCAAUAUUAUUGUGUUGCUCAACAUGCUGAUUGCCAUGAUGUCUAAUUCGUAUCAAAUCAUUUCGGAGCGUGCCGAUACCGAGUGGAAGUUUGCCCGGUCUCAGCUGUGGAUGAGCUACUUUGAGGAUGGUGGCACCAUACCACCGCCCUUUAAUUUGUGCCCCAACAUGAAAAUGUUGCGCAAGACACUUGGACGCAAGCGACCUUCUCGCACCAAGAGCUUCAUGCGAAAGUCCAUGGAGAAGGCGCAGACGCUGCAUGACAAAGUGAUGAAGCUGCUGGUGCGUCGCUAUGUGACCGCUGAGCAGCGGCGUCGUGACGAUUACGGCAUCACCGAGGAUGAUAUCAUUGAGGUGCGGCAGGAUAUUAGUUCACUACGCUUUGAGCUCCUGGAGAUUUUCACCAAUAACAGCUGGGAAGUGCCGGACAUUGAGAAAAAGACACAAGCUGCCGCGCGCACCACCAAAGGCAAAGUAAUGGAACGUCGCAUUAUGAAGGACUUCCAGAUUGGCUUUGUGGAGAACCUGAAGCAGGAAAUGGACGAGAGUGCGAACGGACUCGACAUCUUCUCCUCACUGGCCAAGGUCAUAGGCAGAAAGAAGACCCAAAAGGGCGAUAAGGACUGGAAUGCCAUUGCCAGAAAGAACACGUUUACUGCGAAUCCCAUUGGCUCCAAGCGCUUCUCCAUGCAGCGUCACAGCCAGCGCAGCCUGAGGCGCAAGAUAAUUGAGCAGGCAAACGAGGGUCUACAGAUGGAUCAGAGCCAGUUGAUAGAAUUCAAUCCCAAUCUGGGCGAAGUGACGCGUGCCACUCGCGUAGCCUAUGUGAAGUUUAUGCGAAAGAAGAUGGCGGCUGAUGAGGUUUCUGUGGGUGAAGCUGAUGAAAUCACUAAGGGCGAUGAUGAGAAGAAACCAGACGCAAAUGGCUCCAGAAAAUCGGCAAGUAGCGCCGGCGGAGGUGCCUCCAUCUUGGCAGCGGCCGCACGCGCAUCCGUCAAGAAUGUGGAUGAGAAAGGCAACGGCGUGGACAACAAGGAUAAUAAAAAAGCAGAUGACAAGAAACCCGCUAAUGGCAAGAAACCUAAUGGCGAUAAUAAGCCCGAUGCUAAGCCCCAAGCACCUGCUGCUGGCGUAAAACCAGGCGAACAGAAGCCCGUGGUGCCAGCCACUAAGCCACCAACUGCUGCCAGUGGCGCUAAGCCCAAUGAACAGCCGAAGUCUGGAAGCGAUGCAGCCAAGCCCAAUGCACCGGCACCACCAGCAAAGCCCGCUGAUGUUAAGCCUGCGGCGCCUAAGCCAAAUGAAACCGCAAAGCCGGAAGCGGUGGCCAAGAAGGAGGAAGCAACCAAAAGCGAAGCGGCAAAGCCAACAGCGCCUGCUGGAACAGCUACCAAAAGUGCAGCGCCUUCGGCGCCCGCGGAUUCCACGCCGGACACCAAUACAAAAGCUGCAGCGACAACCACUACGCCCAGCGGCACUAAGGCGGCCAAUGAGACCAGCGGCGGAGCCACGCCGGCCGGCAAGUCCGAUGAUAAGAAAAACGGACAGGAUCAGAAGGCCGAUGACAAGAAGGAAAAGGAUCCGAAUGGCAAGCCGGGCGAUUCGAAGCCCACAGCGGCAGCUGGAGACAAGCCGAGCGAAGACAAAAAACCCGACGCUAAGAAACCAGAGGACGAUAAGAAACCCGCUCCGGCACCACUCAAGCCAGCCAUGAAGGUGGGCCAAAGUAGCGCCGCGGCGGGCGGCGAACGCGGCAAAUCCACCGUCACAGGCCGCAUGAUCUCCGGUUGGCUGUAGAAGCAAAGCCAAAAGAUAAUUUUUCAAUAAAAUUUUCGUUGAUUUCCCUAGCCGAACUAAGUACUUAAAAUGUGUGUGAACAAAUAAACGAAAUUUAAACUAAAAACAAAA